AUGCGCGCUCGGCUGCCCAGCUUUGGGGCGGCUUCCGCUUCGCUGACGACGAGUCUUACCGCUUCAUCUUCUCGAAGACCAACCACCACUGGCAAGAGCAGAUCCACCAGAGGUGUCAACUCAGCUGUCUUCCAUGUCAGCCCAUACUCAUAUCCGCUCGGCCGUCGAUGUAUGAGCACGGUAACCGCUGCCAUACCACCAUCACCGCACGGACCGAAGAAGGGCGAUCGAGUCGUAGUCGCACUCUCCGGUGGCGUCGAUUCAUCCGUCACCGCACUCCUUCUAUCCCAAGCCGACUAUGACCUGGAAGCAGUCUUUAUGCGCAACUGGAACGAGCUCGACGAAACCGGCAACAUGGAACCCGGGUCCGGUGGCGCCUCUGGCUGCACAUGGCAACGCGACUGGCAAGACGUCCAAUCCGUCUGUCGACACCUCGGCAACAUUCCCGUCAGCAUGAUCGAUCUAAGCAAAGAGUACUGGACGCAAGUGUUCGAGCCAGCGCUGGACGAUUGGAGGCAAGGUACGACACCGAAUCCGGAUGUGAGCUGUAAUCGAGAGAUCAAGUUUGGAGCGCUCAUGGAUCGACUCAUUCCCACCGCGGGUCAGGUGGAGGGUGGGAGGAAGAGCUGGUUGGCGACCGGUCACUACGCUCACGUAGCUUGGCACGAACAGCCUGAACGGGCGAGACCGAUGCUGAUGCGAGCAAAGGACAGGACAAAGGAUCAGACGUACUACCUUUCCUUGGUCGCGGAGGAAAAGCUGGCACAUGCGCAUUUCCCACUCGCGCACUUGCUCAAAAGCGAAGUGCGAGACUUGGCGAAAAAGUACUCGCUACCCACGGCGGAAAGAAGAGAGUCUAUGGGCAUCUGCUUUAUCGGCACACGGGGAUCAGACGGUGGCAAAGCAGUAUCCAACACUCAAGGCUUUUCUUCUUUUCUGAACGGCUACAUCACUUCGGCUCCAGGAGAGAUGGUCGACGAAACGGGUCGUGUGGUAGCAACGCAUCGCGGCCUACACACCUUGACGGUGGGUCAGGGAGCACGCAUCCGAGGCGCAACGUCCAAGUACUACGUAGCGAAGAAGGACAUUCCGAAUAAAAGGAUCGUUGUGGUUCAGGGUAAGGAUCAUCCGAUGUUACUGUGUAGACGACUGCACGUAAAAGACGUCGAGUGGAUCUGGAGGGAGCCUCCACCAGAGCUCCAGCAGGGUGGGCGGGGAAGUGUCACUUUGCUGGCUCAAGUUCGACAUCGACAAGUCGAGACCGAGUGUACAGUGAGGAAGACUCAGAACGGGCAGGCAGGGUAUGUGGUCGAGUUUGCCGAGCCAGUCCUGGCUGUUGCACCAGGUCAAGUGCUGGGGUUGUGGCGAGGGGAUUGGUGUCUGGGUAGUGCAGUGAUCGAUUCUGUCGAUACCGUUUACGAUGAUCAGAACGAGGCGCAAACACUGUAG